AUGCCUCUGCCACGCCGGGCCAUUAUCGCCGUAACAUCCGCAACGGCUCCUCUCCAUGAGGGCCGUCCUACGGGGCUCUUCAUUAGCGAGGCUCUCCAUCCAUUCCAGGUCUUCAAGCAACAUGGCUUUGAAGUCGACCUCGUAUCCGAGAAGGGCACUUAUGUGCCUGAUUGGUUGAGCUUACAGGAGAGUUUUCUUAGCGGUGAGGACAAGAAGGAGUGGGAAGACGUGAACAGUGGGUUUAGGAAGAAAUUGGAUCAUAUGCCGAGUGUGGAGACGGUAGAUGGCAAGAAGUAUGGUAUCUUCUUCGCUAGUGCCGGACAUGCAGCUCUGAUCGACUAUCCUCACGCCAAAGGCCUGCAAAAGAUCGCGACCGAUAUUUGGACGCAGGGAGGCAUUGUGUCGGCUGUUUGCCACGGAGAGGCAAUCUAUGUCGGUGUAAUCGACCCAGCCACGGGCGAGUCCAUCAUCAAGGGAAAAACCAUUACAGGCUUCACCACGCAGGCAGAAUACGACAUGCAUGUCAUGGAGCCUGUUCGGAGCUGGGGUGAACCAUUGAUCGACGAGUGGGCUACCAAACUCGGUGCCAAAUAUGUUAGAGCGGAUGGUGUCUGGGACGACUUUCACGUUACCGACGGAAGAAUAGUGACUGGCAUGAAUCCGCAGAGCGCAAAGUCGACUGCCGAAGCAACGGUCGCGGUUUUCGAGAAGCUCUGA